UGUAAACAUGUUUCAAUGUUGACCCUGGGCAGUUGAGUCUUUGGCUAAAACUUGUCUUUAUUUUGUUUCUCUCAGGGCCACCUGGAAAGUCUGAUGCAUCUUUUGUUCGUUUACCUCUCAGUUCUCUUCUAGAUGCUUCUGACAAGUUAUUGUACGUCUCCAUGCUGGCAGUUUUUCAUCAUGGAAUCUACUGGUUCAUCUGUCAUGCCUGCAAUGGCAUCGAACUGUUACUUUUGUUUGCGUACCAUUCCUACUUUGAGUUGCUUGCGACUGCUCGAGACCAGUUAUUGUACAUCUUCGUGCUGGCAGUUUUUCAUCAUAUAACAUGGCCACCUGGAAAGUCUGAUGCAGCUUUUGUUCGUUUACCUCUCAGUUCGCUUCUAGAUGCUUCUGACAAGUUAUUGUACGUCUCCAUGCUAGCAGUUUUUCAUCAUGGAAUCUACUGGUUCAUCUGUCAUGCCUGCAAUGGCAUCGAACUGUUACUUUUGUUUGCGUACCAUUCCUACUUUAAAUUGCUUGCGACUGCUCGAGACCAGUUAUUGUACAUCUUCGUGCUGGCAGUUUUUCAUCAUAUAACACGUCCACCGGGAAUGUUUGUGAUGUGCAGCUUUUGUUCGUUUACCACUCCUACUUCGAGUUGCUUCUGACAAGUCAUUGUAUGUCUUCAUGCCAGCAGUUUUUCACCAUGGAAUCUACUCGUCCACCUGGAAUGGUAUUGCAGUGCCGUUUUUGCCCAUUGACCACUUCUACUUUGAAGGCCUACUUAAAUCAUCAGUCGAUUCAUCGUCAUGUGAACAGACUGUUUCCAUGCGGAGUGGUUAACUGUAGUCAAGUGCUGCCUUCUGAGACAUGCCUUCGAGCACACCUCCUUCGACGUCAUGGAUUGCAGUGCAGGGAUGGAACUCUGUAUCAGCCCGCAGCUGCCAUGUCUUCCUCAAGGGAUGGUAUGUUUGAAUGCUCAC